GUCGUGCAUAGCAGUGCAGUUUCAACCUUACGGUACCAUGAAUUUUAUGUAUAUAUUCUCUGUUUAAGGCAUUGAGUGACCCUAUGGAUGUGAUUUGGAACAAACUGAAGAUUGCAUACUACUUAUUUUCGUAAAAGCAGGAUAAAAAAAUGAGCAACAUCCUCCAUGCAGCAUCAAAAGUGAGGUGGAAUCAUAGCACUGCGGCGAAAAGAGCGGUGUUCCUGGCGGCAGUCGCAUACGGGGCGAAAACGCUUUACCCCAUCAUCUGCAAACAAAUAAAUCAACGGAAAACAACGAAGAACAGCACGUCUGCACCGGGACACAAGAAUGGAUUGAUAACUCCUCAUAAAGCUACACCAGAGACUGCCUCUAGCCUUAAUAAAUCACCCGGUGUCAAUGCGGAAUUCUUCAAGCAGAUUCUUGAUCUGGUUAAAAUCGUGUUCCCGAGGUUUGUAACCAAAGAACUGGGUUUACUAUGUUUACAUUCAGUAGCUCUAGUUUCACGGACGUUUCUGUCUAUUUAUGUGGCAGGUUUGGAUGGUAAAAUAGUGAAAACGAUCGUAGAGAAGCAGCCGCGGAGCUUCAUGAUCAAACUGAUGAAAUGGCUUCUGAUCGCCAUCCCGGCCACAUUCGUCAACAGCGCGAUCCGCUAUCUGGAGUGCAAGCUCGCGCUCGCGUUCCGCACGCGUUUGGUAGAUCAUGCAUAUAAAACCUAUUUCACCGAUCAGACCUAUUAUAAGGUCAGCAACAUGGACGGGAGGCUGGCGAACCCGGACCAGUCUCUAACCGAGGAUGUGAUGAUGUUCUCGCAGUCCAUUGCGCAUCUGUACUCAAACCUCACCAAACCCAUCCUGGACGUGAUACUGACUUCAUAUACCUUAAUACAGACUGCGAGAUCUCGGGGUGCGAACGCAACCGGACCCACUCUCUUAGCGGGUCUGGUGGUGUUCGCCACGGCGAAGGUUCUGCGCGCCUGCUCGCCGAGGUUCGGUAAGCUGGUGGCGGAGGAGGCGCACAGGAAGGGCUAUUUGCGUUAUGUGCACUCCAGAAUCAUAGCCAAUGCAGAGGAGAUCGCUUUCUACAGGGGACAUACGGUGGAGAUGAGGCAGCUGCAGAAGUGUUAUAGUGCCCUGGCGGAGCAGAUGAACCUCAUUCUAUCAAAACGUCUGUGGUACAUCAUGAUUGAACAGUUCCUCAUGAAGUACGUCUGGAGUGGCAGUGGUCUGGUUAUGGUGGCAGUGCCCAUUAUCACUGCCACUGGCUUUGCUGACAACGAGCUGGCUGAUGGUCAGACGCAAGUGUUGGUGAGUGAAAGAACAGAGGCCUUUACAACAGCUCGCAAUCUGCUGGCCUCAGGGGCGGAUGCCAUUGAAAGGAUCAUGUCUUCUUAUAAAGAGGUCGCCGAGUUGGCUGGCUACACGGCACGUGUGCACAACAUGUUCUUGGUAUUUGAUGAAGUCCAGAGGGGAACAUACAAACGUUCAUCUGCCAUCUCGACCGCAGGGGAGAUGAUAAGCGGGGAUGAUAACCGACCUGAGAUGCACAUCGAUGGGCCUCUGGAAAUCAAAGGCAAAGUGAUUGAUGUGGAUAAAGGUAUAGUCUGUGAAAAUGUGCCUAUAAUCACUCCUAAUGGAGAUGUGGUUGUAUCCUCCUUGAAUUUCAAGGUAGAGGAAGGGAUGCAUUUGCUGAUCACAGGGCCAAAUGGAUGCGGGAAAAGUUCUCUGUUCCGGAUCCUCAGUGGCCUCUGGCCCGUGUACGGCGGGCUUCUGUACAAACCCUCGCCUGAGCACAUGUUUUACAUCCCACAGAGACCGUACAUGUCCAUCGGAACGUUACGGGACCAGGUCAUCUACCCCGACUCUCUGGACGACAUGCAUGACAAGGGUUACAGAGACAAGGACCUGGAAGUUAUUCUGGACAUUGUCAAUCUAAACCACAUAGUUACCCGGGAAGGAGGUUUGUACAUGUAUAACUGCCUUUGUUGGAUUUAGGAAGGGACCCAUCAAUUUA